GAAAAGGGACAAAGACGUAUGAGUAGCCUGGACAAGGUUUUCCUAAUUCUGAUUUUUGCAGGAGGAUUCUGGAAGACUGAAGCUAUAUCUGUAACAGGAGAGCUGGGUGGAGACGUCACAAUUACAUGCUCUCACUCUUAUGCAGAUGGCAUGGUCAAAUAUUUCUGCAAGGCGCAUUGUAGAGAUGAAGACGUCCUAAUAAGAAGCAACAGAUUCAGUACAGGCAGAUACCGCAUCAAAGAUGAAAGAAACACGUUCUACGUGACCAUCUCUCGUCUGACAGAGGGCGACGCAGGAACCUACUGGUGUGGAAUAGAUAGAGUUUUAAAGGACACGUUCCAAGAAGAUGUCCUCACAGUCGUAAAGGGAAAAACCCAGGACCCUGAAGAUGACUUUUCACAAUCAACUAGAGGUGAAGCACUUACUACAAUUGCAACACCUGCCAUUUCCAAAUCAAUAGAACUCACAUCUGGAAUGGACACCACUGACCAUACAAAGCAGAAAACAGACUCAAACAACACUCAUGCAGGAGAACAGAACACCGGCUCAGACAUCGUGCUGUAUGCUACUGUUGGGAGCGUUGCCACGCUCAGUGUGUCACUGCUGCUGGCAACGAGGUUCAGGAAACGCAGAGACGAGAUCGACAGUGAGAACGAUGACAUUGCAAAAGAAGUGCGGUCAAAGAUAAGAUUAUCUGAUAAGAAGUCUGGUGCUCACCGACCAAAUCAGGAUGCUUCAACGUCUGUGUACACAGAGGUCGAAUAUAGCCACCUCAUAUCAGUGAAAACAUCUGCUGCUCCAGAGGUGCUACAGAGUCAAGAUAUUCAGCAUCAAAUGUCUUCAGCACCACCUCAGAGCUCUGCAGCAUAUGUAUAUCACCCAUGAUAUCAGAAAGAGCAGGUGAUGGGUGUCUCUGAAAACACAGAGAUGCACCUGCAGCACCGAGGAAUGAUCUGAUCAAAGUGACAGACAGCAGUUUGAGCACUGUGUCAGUUGUUUACUACAGAACCUGCAGUGAUUCCACUGAAUCUAAGCCCUGCUCUCUUUGGUUUGGCUUGAAUUUGUCUGAAUAAACUGAGUUCAUCUCAGAGAUGUGAGUCUUGUGUGUUGUUAUGGAGUUUUUAUGCGGUUUAACUGCACAACUCACUCUGCCUCUGCACAUGUACAACUACAUGGUCUGUGUGUUGUGUUGACAGUAUGUAAUACGGCUUAACUCACUGUUUUUGCUCACUGCUUAUUUGGUUGUGUUGUUA